AUAUUAGGUGACGCAAGUAUUUGUACUUUGACCUAUAAUGGUUUCCUUUUACAAAUUGUUACUUGGAGGGAGAGUUGUCACUUAUACCACAUCUUCUUAUAUCUAUACACACUAACUAAUGUUCCGAUGAGGAUGUAUCAACUAUAGAAUUCAAUACAACAAGAUGGAUUUCAACAAUACUAUCUUUCACCGCAGUAAGAGCAGACUAGUUAAUAAGGAGGAUUAUAUUGGUACACAGUCGUUGUUGAAGAGAAAAUGGAAGACUUUAACUUUAGCAAUAGGACUGAUAUCUGUUGUUUGUAUAAUCACACUAGUGGUCCUAUUCGUUUUAAUGAGUGAUAAACCAUGCGACAGCCAGCCAUGCUUUAAUGGCGGUCUGUGUGAAUCGGUUGUCAAUAAUUUCACCUGUACAUGCAGACCUGGUUUCUCUGGAUACAAAUGUGAAGGUACUCCAUGUGACAAUCAACCAUGUUUAAAUGGCGGUCUGUGUAAAUCGAUUGGCGACAAUUUUACCUGCAUAUGCCAAACUGGUUUCUCAGGUUACAAAUGUGAAGUGAGUGUAUGCGACAGCAACCCAUGUAGUAAUGGUGGACUUUGCCAAGUAAAGGGAGAUACAUACAAAUGUACCUGUGAUCCUGGAUUUUCAGGUGACCAGUGUGAUGUUGGUCCUUGUGAUGGUAGUCCAUGCUUGAAUGGUGGAACAUGCGAUAUUACAGGAAACACACACAGCUGUACAUGCGUGAAAGGGUUUUCCGGUAGACAGUGUCAAAGUACUCCAUGCGACAAUCAGCCAUGCUUUAAUGGUGGUCUAUGUAAAUCGAUUGACGACAAUUUCACCUGUACAUGCCAAACUGGUUACUCAGGUUACACAUGUGAAGUUGGCCUUUGUGAUAAUAAUCCAUGUUUGAACGAUGGAACCUGUUAUAUUACCGGUAACACACAAAGCUGUUCAUGUCUGAGAGGGAUUUCUGGUGGUCAAUGUCAAACAUGUGGUCGAGCCAAAGUUGAUAUUGUUAUUAUUUUGGACACUUCAACAAGUGUGGGUCCUGUUAACCUCCAGAAAAUGAAAAAAUUCUGUAAAGAUUUUUUAACGAAAGCUGAUUUAGGUUCUGAAAAUAUACAAGUUGGAAUCGUUUCAUUUUCUUUUGUUGGCCGUAUUGAAUUCCAUCUGAAUACCUACAGCUCUUCACAAGACAUAAUAAAAGCUAUUGACGCCAUAACUUAUAGGCAUGGAAGUACAAAUACUUUUGGAGCUUUGAAAACCAUGCGUUCACAAAUGUUCACUGCUGCCAAUGGGGAUCGUGAUGGUGUGCCUAAUGUAGUACUUAUUUUAAUAGAUGGUGUGUCAAAUGUGAACUCCGCAAGAACCAUUCCUGAGGCGGAGCGAGCUCGUUCAGAAGGAAUUCAUAUUUAUGCUGUUGGUAUUGGUUUAAGAGGUUUCCGUGAAUUGAAUGCCAUUGCCUCUAGGCCAGCCUCGGAAAACAGCUUCAAUGUACAAAACUUUGAUGAAUUGGCAGCCUUGAAUGAUAAAGUUUUCCGCGCUUUCUGUUCUGAUUCAGGAUAAUUCUUCUAGGUCAUCAUGUGAACAUAGCCUCCCAGGGAUGAUAAGAUGAUAACAUUUAUAAACUGAUUUUAUCAUAGUGGAUAUAUCAGAAUAAUUCUAACAUUGAUCAAACCUGAGCUAUUGCACUAGGUUCCGUUACUAAUAAAGUAGACCUUCUUAAAUAUGUUUUACCUGAAAAUGACAUUAUGGAUAAAGUAAUCUAUGUGAACUCGACUUUCUUUUAUGGAUCGUUACUGAUAUUACUGUGGUUGUAUAUUUGUCCAGACAAAUUGAUUGGACAGCAGCCAUUUGUUGGCACAAUCUCCUGAACAGUUUAAGACAAUGCAAGUUCCUAGGAUGAUUGGAAUCUUAGCAAAAAAAUAUUUUUCAACGCAUUGCUUUUUUUCUUUUCUCUUUUUUGUGGUAUUUACUUGUUUUGUAUUAACUUGAAAUGCAAUUUUUUGUACAUUUAUUCUUUUUUUUAAGGUUUUUGCUUGUUUUGCAUGUUUUUAGCUUAAUUUUAUUUUUAUUUUAACAUGUUAUUUUCGUAUUGACGUUUUAUGUUUUGGUAGGCAUUAUUGUGUUAUUUUUUUAUUUCAGUUUUUAAAUCUGACACAGUGCAGGUUUCAUGUUUUGUCUUUGAUUUGUUUAAAUUACUAUGCUUUAUGUACAGUGCUUUAGAGUUAUAUUCAUUUUUUACAUGAACUUUAUAUAAAUUUUCAUUCUUAUAAUUUUCAUUGUACCAUCUUCUAUGAUCAGUUAUGGUUGAUGUUUUGACCAUAUGUUAAUCAACAGCACAGUAUUCAGCAAUCCUGUGCUAACAUGUUAAAUCCGUAAAUUUACUAUUCAUAAAAUGUUAUAAAACAAUUGAAACACUAAGGUUCUACUGCAAUGGAUAAAUGAACUUAAUUUAUCA